AUGAUAUCUAGCAAGCUUAAAAAUAAACUCAACAAAGUGAGAAUGCAAAGGAAAAUUAAACUCCCAUCAAUGGCAGUACUACCCAGCAAAGAUUUUAAGGAGACAAUGAAUCUUAAUUUGUAAAAGCUAUAUUAAGAUACUAAAAAGAUUAUUUAAACUCUAGAGGAUGAAGAAUAUUCAAGCUAAACUAAACAAACAGUCAAAGUUGGAGGAUCUAGAAGCUCUAGUGAAUCAAGUGAUGGAGGAUCAAGCUCUUCUUAAUCAGAGGAGGAGAGUGGAAGGUAACCAGGAAUGAAUGAAAUGAUGAGUCAGAUGAAGAAUAUGGGGUUCCAGGGUAGAAAAAAAGAGGAGGCAAGAGAGGCAGGCCACCCAAGCUAGAUAAAUAUGGAAAUCCAAUAAAAAAGAUAUAUGACCCUUCAAAAUCUAAUGCUGAUAAGCCAAUGCCCAAGCCUAAAUAUGAUGCUGCAGGUAAUUUGA